CCCCUGUACACACACGCACGCACACACACAUACAGACGCACCCAACCAACACAUUUUGUUCACAAUAUAAUCAUAUUCUCGAAAAUUUGAUAUAUAUAAUUAACAUUUUGUUAAUUGGAGAACAGUUUUAAAAAUAUAUUCAUAUAUAUCGAAGCAAUUGAUUUGCGGGUUUUUAAAAAUUUUAUUUAUUUAUCAGUUGGCAUCACAACAUCUCUCAAUAAAUAAACAAAUUAAAUAAAUAUUGAAUAGAAGAAGAACACGACGACAGUGAGGGAAGAAAAACGUGGAUCUAUAUAACAUACAUUUUGUGUAUUUCUCCUGAUUGUUGAAGAAGAAAAGAAAUAAAAAUAUUCAUCAUAAGGUGUGAUACACUUAUCCCUUUUUGGAAUUAUGUAAACAUGCCAGUUCAUUCAUAGUAUGGAAUCCAUUCGAUCUCACUGGUAUAAUACACAUAAUCAUCAAUCUGAACUUCAUCAAUACCAUCGUCAACAACACGAUCAACUACAAAAACACAAACAUUCAUUAUAUAAUACAACUGGAGAGGAUUCAUUUCAACAAGAAGGCGGUAAAACAUCUACUACGAUUCCGUCAUCAACAACAGAGACUACCGGCAAAGCGUCUAUUGAUUCUGUUGAUAUAGUAUCUACUACAAAUUCAAUGAAUACCUCACCAAUGAUUCAUCAGUUUAUGAAUACUAUACCAAAUUUAAUACAUUCACUUAAUAGUUCUGAAAAACAAACAGUAUUACCAUCAUCAACAUUGUCGGCGACUACAACAACUACUUCUAAUAAUUCGUCACUGUUAUCAGUCUCACCAUUAUCCUCGUCAACAUCUCAGUCGGCUAGCUUAAUGACAUCAACAUCACCGACUACAUUGGCUGCUGCUGUUGCUGCAGCUGCUGCCUGGUAUCCAUUAAGUUUAGCUAUGGAUGAAAUGGCACAAAAUUUAAUCUCCUCAGAAUCUGAAUUUAUCGAUCGAAGCAUGUUUUCUUCCCUAUUCCCAACAAUUUCUCAAACAAUGAACAAUUCAAAUCGUAUAAUUUCAAAUCAAUUGAAUAAUUUAUUAUUACCUGGUGUAAUGAAUUCAGAGGAUUAUUCUACCGGUACUCUUGUGAAUAAUAAUAAUAAUAAUACUACAAGUAAUAAUAAUCGUACUACUGUUACUGCUACGACUGCUAGUACUAUUAAUAAUGUAAUCAAUAGUGACAAUUAUAAUCAUAAUGGUGAUAAUACCCCAGAAGGACAUAGUAAUCUUAUGUCACUAUCAACAAUAAUAACAGCAACAACAACAGCAGCAACGACAACAAAUCAUGAUCAAAUCCUGUCAACGAUACAAUCAGAUCAUUGUCUACAGAGUAAAUUAAGCCCAUCCUCUGGACAACUGUUAAAUGGUAUGGAUUCAUCAGGAUCACCACCAACAGCUCAUUCACCUAUGAAUGGUGAAAACAAGUGUAAGAAGGCAAGGCAUAGAACAACAUUCUCCGUCCAACAGUUAUCAAUAUUAGAAGCAGCCUUCGAUAAUUGUCCCUAUCCUGAUGCUGUUACACGUGAAGAUAUCGCCUCAAAGUUAUCAUUGAGUGAAUCACGUGUACAAGUAUGGUUUCAAAAUCGUAGGGCUAAAUGGCGUAAACAAGAAGGUAGUCAAUUAUUAACAAAUGGUACAAAUUCUAGCAAUACAACAAUAACGACAACUAAUAAAACAACAACAGUAGUAAUUGUAGUAUAAUUAAUUCUACAGUCUCCACAUCUACACCAUCAACGUGUACAUCUACAUCAAAUAUAUUAACAGGUGAUAAUGACGAUAAUGAUGAUUAUCGUAUGACAUCAAAUUUAUUAGAACCACCAUUUUUAACUGGUCGUAAAAGAAGUUCAAUCUCUAGUAUUAAUCAUUUCAAUCAUCAAAAAAUUAUUCAUAAUCAAAAUAAUAAUAAUUUAAAACAAAAUAAUUCUUCAUAUGAAAAUAAUACAGAAUUAAUGGAUUCAUUAUCACCAUCACGUUUAAAUUUGUCAUUUAUUGUAAAUGAUUUAGCUAAUUAUCAUCAAAAAAUGUCAAAUUUUCCUAUAUUUAAUGAAAAUUCAAACUCAGUACAACCCGCCUCUUCACACAAUGACCUUGACAAGUGUUCUAGUAAAACAACGCUGUUGAAUUCGAGUCUAUUGAAUAGUUCACCUACAGAUUUAAUAAAUUCACAUUUAUUAGAUAAAUCAUUAAAGAAUAUAUCAAAUAGUUUCUAUUCUACUCCUAAUUCUAAGAUAAAUUCAUCUGUAUAUAAUAAUUUAUCAGGUAAAAAGUCAACACCGCCUAAUUGUAAACAACGUAGGCAUAAUGAUGAAUUCAUUACACGAGAAAAGAGGAGGAAUGAAUACACUCCAGAGCAUGAUCAAGAUCACUGCAAUAAUGAUAAUGAUUAUAUUGAUUGUAAUGAUAUCAGUAUGAAUGCAAGCAAUGAUUCUCUCAGUGAAGAUAGGGGAAUAAAAACUAAAAAUCUACCAUUUUCUGUUCUAUCUCUAACGGCGAAUCAUGCAAAUAACAAUGUAGCGCAUCAAAAUCAAAUGAAUACUUUCAAUAUUAAUGAACAGCUGAGUAAAUUACAAUCAAUACAAGCCUCUAUGAAAAUGCUUAAUAAUAAUAAUUAUGAAAAUCAAGGAUUUCCUUCUUUAUUAUCAUCAUCAAUGAGUGAGAUGAAUACAAAUUAUAACAAUAAUCAUGACGGAACAACGCCAUCACUAUCGAAUAUCAAUGAUUUUGCUGAAUUUAUGAAUUCAUUACUGAAGGCUAAAAUCAAUCACCUUAAAACAAAUCAAUCUUCAUUAUUAGAAUGUAAUGAAAUGAAAAUAUUGAAUGAUAUGUUCACUAAUGGCAGUAUGAAUAGAACUGAUGAUUGUAUUCAGAAGAAUGCUAAUAACAGUAGUAGCCCGACUGCUUUGAAUAUUACAACAACAACAGCAACUACUACUACUACUGAAAAUGCAACUACACCGAAAUCAGUUGCCACUAAUACUACUGAAAUGAGUAAUAGUAGUAAUGGCAAUAAUAGUAAUAAUAAUAGCAAUGAUAAUACAAUUAAUAAUACAAUUUUAGAGAAUUUAAUAGCCUGUGCACAACUCCCUCUAAAUUUACACUUAAAUGGAACAAAUUCUAAUUCGAAUAAUCAUAGAUUAGAUUUUAAAAUGGAUUUACCUACAGAUAAACAAAUGAAUUUGAAUCGUUCACACGAGGAUCAAUCGAAUAAUCAAUAUCCUGAUAUACAGAAAACACUUUUCAAUGAAAUGCCUUUAUCAUCCACAUCAUCUCAUUUAAAAAGUAACACAAUUCUAUGGGAGUAUCUUUUAAGCCGACUGCAGACAAAUUCACAAGAAUUCAACAAUUUCGCUUUGCCUAAAUUAUCAACCCCCCCGAUAACUUCAACAGUGUCUUCAUCAUCAACACAGAAUUCUAUCAGUGCUACUCAUAACCACCACCUCUUAGCCAAUGAUCUAAUCAAUUCGGCGAAUUUAUUGAAUUUAUCCAACUAUCAAUGUUCCACUGAGAAUGCGAAUACAGAUAUGAAAAAUAUCCUGUUGAACUAUGCUCAUUUGAAAGGAAAUGAGUCAAGUUUAAAAUUGCCUAUCAAUGGGACAACUAAUAUGCAUGUUACUACUAACAAUCAUGGUAGUAGUAAUAGUAGUAGUAAUCAUAAUACUACUACUAAUAAUAGUAGUAUAUUAACUGAUACACUGGAUACAAACAGAAAUGAUUCAACUAUAAACAGUAAUCAUACAGCAAAUAUGAAUAAUCCUUUUGAUCAAAUCAAUAAAUUAUCCCAAUCAGAAUUUGUAUACAAUUAUUUAAAAAAAUUUCAAACACUUGGUAAUGAUUCCAAUGGGUUAGUGAAUGAUGGUGAUGAACUACACGGCAACAGUAAUAAUAGUAGUAAUAGCAAUAAUAAUGACAAUAAUAUUAAUAAUAAUAAUAACAGUAGUGAUAAUGGUAUACCACAACAAAUGAUGCAGUAUUACGCCUUGUGUGCAUUUGUUCAAGCUGCUAGUCUUCUCUCCUCAUCCUCAUCCUCGUCAUCGUCAUCCACAUCGACAUCGACAUCCACGUCAUCUUCAACAUCGACAUAAUACCUCUCUAUCUAUGUUGAAAGAAGACUUUACAAAAGCCUAUACCUACGCAUACCCAAGUGUAGCCACACACUGAAACACACCACACGCCUACUUACAUCCGAAACUGUCAUCCCUGUGAAUAUUUGCACUAUUUUUUCUCCUCUUUUCUGUCAGUCGUCUAGGAAGCAUUUCAGAUGGAAACAAACAAACGAACGAACGAACGAAAAGCCACAUUCCAAGAUGGUGAUUACUUACCUCAAUUAUCACAAUCAGUUCAGAGAUAAUUAUCAACUUCUCCGUCUUUUUAUUUUAUUGUUGCUGUUGUUUCCAAUAGACAUUUGAAAUGUUAGAGAAAGUAAAGCAUAGUGAUCUCUAUAUCAACCUGUUAAUAACUAAGGGAACUAACUAAUCACUUUGAAGGCAUUCACAAACUUGAUAGUUGUCCCAAAUGGAUGACAAUUAUCUUGACUACAUUUUUCUUUUGUAUAUUACUACUUCUUCUCCUGUAUUUUAUCUUUUUUGGUUGUUUUUGUUCCCUUUCGUUUAAUUUUUACUCUUAUUUACUGGUCUGGUAGUGCUUUUAUUACUACUACAACUAUUAUUAUUACUAUUAUUAUUAUUUGGCUAUUUACGCUUCUUAUGUGUAUGGUACUCUGAUAAUGAACAGCUGGUUAACGAAUAACUAACUAACUAAUUCACUAAGUGAUAAUGGGCUUUCUAAGAUCGAAAAGGCGAAUGACACAGCAUACAACACAGGCAUGUUACAGAAGCAGAAACUGGACGAGGUUAAGGGACUCCAUGACUACAAGUCUACAAAGUACGCAUGUGUAAGUGGUCACCACUGUGUGCGUGAGUGUGCAAUACAGAGAGAGAGAGAUGGGUCUUCAAUUCGAAUGUAUUUAAUUUUAGACUUGUUAUUCUUGUGUUUUGUUGUUCACAGUUUAUUGGUCUAUCUCUCUAUCUGACUGCCUCCCCACACUCUUACUCCCCUAGAAUCCCUCCUACCUCUACACACUUUUCUCUUUUGAUUUUAUUUAUUUAUUUA